GCUCGCCAGCCUGGGAUGCAUCAUAACAACCGCUUGCGCGAAAAGAAUCGUCGCGUCAGCGGCAAACGAAGAAUCGGCCCGCUCUCGAUUAACUUUAAAAAGCCUCCGGGCCGAGCAAUCGGUAUCAGUGUUCUCCAGCGUCGAGAACCAGUCACAGUAACACAGUUCGUCAUGCGUCUGCUUAACUCAGUCACGCUUCUGCUGGUUCUCCUGGGCGUCGCCCUGGCGGUGCCCACCAAGAAGAGGAUCGCAAAGAAGUCGAUCUCCAACAGCCUGGCACCCAGAGCCCUCGAGCCCGUCGACCAGAGCCUUGAUGAACCGGCCAAGCUGAGCGACGCGGCCCUCAUGGAGAUCGCCGGUGAGAACGUCGACAGAGCCAAGAAGUCCACCAAGUUCUGCGUGGAGAUUCGCGACGACAAGCCGACCCAGGUGGACUGCGACGAGAUCAAGAAUCGGCCGAUCCUACCUCCACCGCCACCACCGGUACCAGAGCCUCAGGAACCGGCACCACCUCCACCACCGGCACCAGCGCCCGUCCCGCAGCAGCAGCCCGAGGAAUACAAGUUCCAGGUUCCCUGCGAGCCAGAAAUAGCUCCUUUCUACGUUGAUCCACCAGGAGAGAUCGUGUACGCUGCGACCGGCAACUGCGCUCAACACGCGCCGGCUCUCCUUCACGUGCCAUCCAACAACCCGCUCUACACGAUACCAGCUGGUGGAGUCUCUGGUACGCCGAACAUCAACACUCUCCACCUGCCGACCGGAUCCUUCCCAGCCGGUGGUGCCCCAGGAUCCUCCGGUCCGUCCAUCAACGUUCUCCACUUGCCCACUGGAUCUCUUCCGAGCACUGGAUACGGAGUCGCGCCCACCAUCCACAUCAACCCAUCAGCUGGCGCCGGUUCCUCCGGUCCAACGGUGAUCCCACUGCACACCACAGGUGGAGCCGGAACCGCUUCAGGACACACCCCGUCCGUCAUCCACCUGAUUCGACCAUCGCCACUCCAGCACGGAAUCACCCAUGGAGGUCUGUCGCUGCACGGACACGGAGGUCUGCCGCUUCACGGACACGGAGGUCUGCCGCUUCACGGAGCCCAGCAAACCCCAUCGGUCGAGUGCACCUGCAGGAGUACUUCAUCCGGAAGUCUCGCCAAGUCCGCCAACGGAUCUCCGUCGAGCAACGAAGCCCUGGCCCUCAAGUUCCUCCAGGAUAUCCAGAGGAAUGCACAGUCUAGUGGCUCUCCUAGCCCAAUGAUGGUCCAGGUGGGACCAGGACAACCAGGAAGCCCCAUGAUGAUGAUGUCCUCUGGUCCCGGCAGCCCAGUGAUGGCAGGCAAAUCGGACAUGCGCUACAUGCCCCCGAUGUCGAACGUCAAUCAGCAUCAGGUCGUCUUCCAGCAGCAAGGAACUUCGAUGAACGGAAUGGGCGAUAUCGGUAUGCACGGAUACCCCACGCUGAUGCCUGGCUACCCGACGGCGCUGCUCAGCGGCAUGUAUCCCGUCAGUAUACUUCGCAGCAACGCCGACUGUCUGCAGGACAGCUCCAGCAACGCGGCCCAGAUGAUGCCGCAGGUGGUGAGGCUCAGCCGCGAGGAGGCUGGACAGGAACAAGCGAAGCAGAAGACUGAGGAGAAGCCCGAGGAGGCGAUACCGUCGCCGGGCGACAUCGUCGAGGCCAUCCUGAGCGGCGAGGCCGACAAGGCAGACAAGAACUCGAGGAUCGCGAGGUUCUUGGCGGAGAAGGACGCCGAGAGCAACAGUGUGCUCGAAGAGAAGUGAACGUUUCGUGAAUUUUCCUACUUGUAGGAUUGUGAGCCUUUUGCGUUUACAAUCGGGCAGAUAAGCUGCGUGAUGUUUGUAUUUGUUAUUGAUUUGUGAUCCUUUUGUACUGUUUUUUUACUUGAUGCGCAAUUUUUAAAUGAAGAAAGUAAUCAACCAUAA